CGCGCCGGCGUCAGGGCGGGGUGGUGAAAGGCCGGCCCGGGCGUCACAUGACAAGGUGGCAAGAUGGCGGCCUUCCCCUGGCAUGCAAGAAUUAGGAAUUAUACAACAGAGUUUGAAUCAUGCAGACUGGAAGCUGUUUCCCUGGAAUUUGGGGACUAUCAUCCACUAAAACCUAUUACAGUUACUGAAUCCAAGACCAAGAAAAUGAGUCGGAAAGGAAGCACUUCCUCUACUUCCUCCUCAUCUUCCAGUUCAGUGAUGGAUCCACUGAGCAGUGUGCUGGAUGGAACUGAUCCCUUGUCGUUAUUUGCAGCAACAGCAGAUCCAGUGACAGCUGCAGCUAACAUGGAUAGUACACGAAAGAAACGAGAUAAAGAGGACCAUUUGGCUGUAGGCAGUGACUUUGAACCAUGGUCAAGCAAACGUGGUGAAAUCCUUGCUAGAUACACAACAACUGAAAAACUCUCCAUUAAUCUUUAUAUGGGGUCUGAAAAAGGCAAAGUUACAACUCCUGGCUCAGCAGUUUCUGAGAAGGUACGAACGAGGCUAGAAGAGCUGGAUGACCUUGAAGAGGGUUCACAAAAAGAGUUGUUGAAUUUAACUCAGCAGGAUUACAUAAAUCGAAUUGAAGAACUCAACCAGUCACUAAAGGAUGCCUGGUCCUCUGACCAAAAAGUAAAAGCUCUAAAAAUAGUUAUCCAGUGUUCCAAACUUCUUUCGGACACAGCAGUAAUCCAGUUUUAUCCAAGUAAAUUCGUAUUAAUUACAGAUAUACUUGAUACUUUUGGAAAACUUGUGUAUGAAAGAAUUUUAUCCAUGUGUGUGGAUAGUCGUGUCUCUUUACCAGAUAAUUUCACUUCAGAAAGUGUUAAUGAUACUGCCAAAGAAACUUGCUUAAAUUGGUUCUUCAAGAUCGCUUCCAUCAGAGAGCUCAUUCCCAGAUUCUAUGUGGAAGCAGCAAUACUGAAAUGCAACAAGUUUCUAUCAAAAACGGGAAUUUCAGAGUGUCUCCCACGGUUGACAUCUAUGAUUAGAGGAAUUGGAGAUCCACUGGUUGCUGUCUGUGCAAGAGCAUACCUGUGCAGGGUAGGCUACUAUUUCACAUUAUUUGAAAUGAAUUUAUGUUGCUGGCCAGUUGCUUACUGCUGCAGCCCAGCCUGCCAAUAAAGGAAGAUUUAAUUA